UAUGAAGCGGAGUACGAAUAUGAAUUGCAGUAUUAAGUCAUUCUGAACACUGAACACUGAACACUACACUGAACAACAUGGCAGCGCCCAGCCCUCUCUCACAUGAAAAUCUGAGCUACAAACAUCCUACCUCGAGUCCGUCGUUCAUACGGAAAGCCGUGAAGGCGAAUGUUCAAUUUGAUGGUUUUCGUUUUGCAGCUGGGCAAAAAUGUCACAGGGAAAGACUCAUCCUAUCAAAACGACUGAAAGUGGAAACUUUGGAAGACGCUGGGACGUUGUUGUCUGCACAGGAAGAAUAUGAAAUGACCGAAAGUGCCACAAAGUUACUCAAGUCUGGCAGGAAGGUGGAUGCCCUGACCACACUCCACAGAGCGCUAGCCAGGGACGAGAGCAAUGCCAAGACGUUCAUAAAACUGGACGGGCUACCUGCGUUGAUCGGCUGUUUCUUCGCCCCUGACUCGGAGAUCCUCCACGCUGCGGCCUGGUGUGCCAUCAAUCUCACGGCUGGCAUGUCACUGUCACUGAAACGUGUCAAGUUGUUGUCGCCAAUCCUCUUUCAGUUCUUGCAAGGAUCAGACGUAGCGAUGCAGGAAUUGUGUGCUUGGGCCCUCGGGAACAUAGCAGGAGACUCGGCGUCCCACAAGGACCUUCUUGUUCAGCAAGGCUGCGUGCCCGCACUGACAGAAUUAGUUUCAAAGUCACAUCGUGUGAUGUAUGAAGCAAGAACGCACAGCGUGUUGUUUGCGCUCGCCAAUAUAGCGCGCGGAUCAUAUGACUGUGUCAGGUGUCUGCAAGAACAUUGUAUCUACAAGCACAUAGUCAUGAUGAUGGAGAACCUUCCCGUUACGUCUCAGUCUUGCUCUCAGCUGGGCUGGUUGAUCAACAGCAUAUACUUUAGAACUGAGUCUUUCACAGAUAGUAGGGAGCAGUUUUCUACAAUUCUCCCUUUGGUGCUGGAGAGGUGUUAUCAGAUUAAUCAAAUGGUAGACACGCGGUAUAGAGAAAAGCUGAUGCUGCCGUUCUUGCGAUGUUUGGGCAACUUGAUUGGGCAGUCCGAGGAAGUAGCGCUAGAGGCAGGAAGGCAACUUGUGUUUUACGACAUCGUCUCUCGUGGUCUCAGCUCUCGGUCAACGGCUUUUGUGCACCAAGAAAUUUUGUGGAUAUUAUCAAACUUUAUUGUGGAGCCUAGCUGUUGUGUCCUUGUGUUGUGUCAGCCGUCCCUUCUGACGAACAUUCUGAACCUGUGCCCAACGCCAAACGUAAAAGUGUGUGCUGCUGCUUUACACAUUGUAGAAAGAAUGACCCACAUCUCCACGCAAAUGUCGCAGUACCUCUUUGAUCAAGAAGUUCUCAUGAAAGUUUGUCCCGUCCUCUCCUGCGGUGAAUUUGAGCUGGUCGAAAAAGCUCUGGACAUUUUCAUAGAGCUGCUUGAGACCACGUCAAAAGAUAGAGAAGACUCCCUGAAGGAGUUGACGGAGACUCCCUUGCAGAUGUUGCUCUCCCCUGACGUCCCUGACAGCGUCUCGGCCAAAGCAAAGCGCACGCUCAGUUUAUUGUGACCUUUUAUUUUAUUUAUAUUAUUUCUCAGGACUGCCGUCAUUUUUAAAAAUACAGUAUAUACGGUUUUUGCAAUUUUACAGAAGAGUAAAAAAAACCUUGAAUGUUGUUACCAGGAAAACUAUUUGCAACCAUCACAAGUCAAUAUUUUUAAGAAUACAAUUUUGAUGAUAACUUUCAUAUUGUCUUUAAAGCAAAUGCUGUUUUCUUGGUAGCAACGUUCAGUUUUUUGGCUCUCCUGUAAAAUCGUAAAAAUUUAUAUGUACUGUGUGAUGCCUCAUUAUAGUUUGGAUACACAUGGAUAGUUCAGCACUACAACCGUACACAGAAAUCAGCAACCGACCAUGUUGGAUGUUUAUGACAUAACUGAAUCUUAACUUUAAUUGUUCAUCCUGAAGAGUACAAAUGGCGCUCAAAUGACCUUAUAUAGUUGCGAGCACCGUAAAACCUUACUAACUAAAAAAAAAAGAAAAAAGAAGAGUACCAAAUUAAUGAAU